AUGUCUAUGCAGCUUCCGCCUCUCCCAGUCCCGAUUUCUGACUUCGUGAGCUAUGUCGACAAAAAACCCAGAAGCCAAGCUGGUGUUGCUGAAGCGGCUGAACCUUUCAAGUCUUAUGAAAGUAAGCUGAGAGAGAUCUACGCCCAGCAACCUGAUCACCCAGCUGCACUCACAAACCACCUGGUACCUGUCUUCAAGGAUAAUCCUGUCACCAUUCGAGCAAGAGACCUCACAAAGGAGUCUGAUGCCGAGAAAGACAGGUAUCUGCUGGCACUCCCACAGGACGCUCGCAGGAACCACGGUUCACCAGCCACCACCCCGACCUUGAAAGAGUUCAGGACCAACUUCAACCUUUUCUCCGAGUCAUCACUGGUGGACCUAGACUGGAAUAAUGUGGUAUGUGCGGGAAGUGCCGUGGCCACCUCUUUGCUGCCCGUCGACGCUCCUCACAACGAGUCCAAGCGUGCACUUCGAGCCUAUUACCAUGAGAAACUCGCACCUGCAUCUGAUGUCGAUCUAUUCCUCUACGGUCUGAAUGAGGAACAAGCCAUCGAGAAAAUCAGACAGGUCGAGACCAAGAUACGGGAUAGCAUCCUGGCCGAGACGACGACCAUUCGCACGAAGAAUGCUAUCACCAUUGUGUCGGAAUACCCCACCCGCCAUGUUCAAAUUGUGCUCCGCUUGUACAAGAGCAUUUCUGAGAUCCUCACCGGCUUCGAUGUUGAUUGCUCAUGUGUAGCCUACGACGGUCAGCAAGUUUGGGCGUCUCCUAGAGCUCUGGCAGCCUUCAUGACUCAAGUGAACACGAUCGAUCUCACAAGAAGAUCUCCAUCUUAUGAAAAUCGGCUCUCCAAGUACUCUCAUCGCGGCUUUGAGGUGGUAUUCCCAGGCAUUGACCGGGCUCGAAUCGACCCAACCAUCUUUGAGAGAUCCUUCUCAAGAGUACAAGGUCUCGCGAGAUUGCUGGUCCUCGAAAAGCUGCCACACCCCAAUGACAGAGACACCUACCUUGCAAAGCGCCGAGCAGAACGGGGCCGGCCCCCAUUGCCAUGGAAUGCUCGAUUUCGUCAUGAACUUCCAGGAAACGUCAAAGAUGCCCAACCGGAUGACGUGGCCGAAUGGGUAGAAGAGGACGAAGUUUCGAACUACCACACUGUCACUAUACCAUAUGGGCCCAAAUACAAUGCCAAAAGGGUUGAGAAGCUUCUGUUCACCAAGGACUUGCUCCUCAAUGCUGAGUGGAAUAAACCCAAGGACAGAGACACCAAGUUGCAUCGACAUCCGGCCUUCUUUGGAUCUGUCAAUGAUGUCCUUCAUGACUGCUGCGGGUAUUGCCCGGAGCCAACAACCGACGCAGACUUCGCUGCACUUGAGGAGGAAGGCAAGAUUUACAUAUCGGGAGAUGUCACCUUCCUCAAAGAUGACCCAGGCAGACAGGCCAUUGGCAGCUUCAAUCCCAUCACUGACAGCGACUGGACGGAAAUGGCAUAUAUCGGAAAUACUACGAUGUUGUGUCAAGCAAUAGUCGACCUUGACCUAGAUGCCGUCAGAGACUGGUUCUCUGCGUCAGAAAUGGUUGACGUCAAUCGUCGAGAUCCUGCCGGUCGCACACCUCUACAUCUCGCGGUCAUGUGUUCCACUCCCGAAAUUGUCCAAUGUUUAAUCGAACACGGCGCUCGUCUUGUGGCCAGGCUGUAUAACGGUAUGACCGCUCUACAUCUUGCUGCUCACCGUGGCGAGCUCCAGAUGGUCAAGGACAUCCUUGACAAGAGCAACGCAAAUGAGGAACAGGAAGCACUCAAAGAAGACGCGCGAAAAGAAGCCCGAAGGAAUGCUGCCAACAGUUCGCAAGCAGCUAACAAUGACAAGGACGAUCGCAGCGAAGGUGAAUCGAUCGACUCUGAAGACUUGGAGGACGAGGCCGACGAUGAAGACGGAGAAGAUGACAUGACCGAAGGGUCUUUUGUGAAAGUGGACCACAUCUCCGAAGUUCAAGACCCCGAAGACAAAGAGGGACCGGAUGUCUAUGAUGUCGACGUUCUCGCUUGGGACAGUCCCCUUUCGCCUCUCCACUUAGCUAUCCUUGGGGGGCACAUGGACGUGGUGGAAGUUCUCGUUGACAGUUACGGCGCGGACGUCCUGCUUCCCGUCAAGAUUGUCGAUGAAUACAACCGAAAGCACGCAAAAGCUGCAAUACUGACCAUUAGUCUAGCCUUAGAGCUCCCGUUACAGCAGGCGAAUGAAACAGUCAAAGGUCUUCUCGCCCUCGGGGCGUCAUACACGCAGGCUGAUAUGAAGCACAUCUCUGCACUUCACUAUGCGGUUAAUGAGGCAAAGACAUUGAUACUGCAGACCAUGCACUCUGCUGAACCAUCGAACUUUGCUAGGGCUGUCAAUUUCAUUGCUAUGUCCGGGUACUGGACUCAACCAACUGUCGAUACACCCCUGCUGACAGCUAUCCGCACUGGCAAACUGGACGUUGUUGAGGAUCUGAUGCGUAUGGGAGCCAAAACCCACAUCGAUUUUGAAGCCUUUGCGCAAGCAUACAAACGCAGCUUCGACAGAGCCUCGAAUGAUCCGCUAGAAGUCAAGAAAGUUUUCCAGAAAUGUGUCGAGCAACCGAUCAUUCUCGCCCUCAAGCACGAAUUGGUCGACUUUGUCAUUCAGCUCAUUGAGAAGGGUGAAGAUGUCAAUACGCUGACUACCGGUGCGUAUCAAUACCUGGAAGCUUCACAUCGCUCCUGGGCCCCAUCUCCCCAGUCCUUGUUGGAUCUCGUUCGAGACCGCAUCUCGUCGCUUGAAGAAUUCCUGUCCCCAAAAGCUCAGAAGUCGGAGCCGCCAGCUGCACUAAAGGAAGAUGACGAAUACCUCCGCGGCUUUGAAGAAGGAUCCUAUUGUUAUUGGACAGCUCUUCAUGAUCUGCAGGAUGCAAAAUUGAUUCAUCAGUAUCAGUUGAGGCAGUACGAGAAGGUACAUCAAGCCAAGAAACGAAGCUCGGAGGUUGGGAAGGAGGAGAAGGUUGCCGCCAUUAACGCCAUCAUUGCCAAGCUGCGUGGUCUUGAAUCCAAGCUUGACGAGGAGGGUGCCAAAUCAUUUUUCGAGUUGUAUCCGAAGGAAACUCGUCAGGAAAAGACACAGCAAGCUGGCAACUACUACUUCGGUUCGAAGAUCAACAGUGACCCGUACGAAACGAAGAUAUCUUUCAAAGUGCCGGAUUUGACUCCUCAGAAGAAGGCCAAAUACAUUGAGUUGUUCGAAGCUGUCUGGAAGGGCGACUUUGAUACUGUCAAAUCGAUCUGUCUGGCUGGCGACGACCCACUGCAAGUGGCGGUAAUGGAUCUUCGCGGAUUCACUCCGUUCUCUAUUGCAGCCUUCCGUGGUCAUUACGAGCUGGCGCAGUUGAUCGUCGAGAUUGCCAAAGUACAGUAUCAGCCAGACGAUGAGUCAAAGAGGUACCACUACGUCCUCGGGACUGACGAGUACAAUGAUGGAGACAGUGACUUCAGUGACGAUAGUGAUGGUACAGAGCACAGUGCGCGUGUGAGAGUCCUCGCUGAACUUGUUGAUGAGACCUUUACGGUGAACGACAUUGCUGCGGUGGCCGACAAUGUCAAGUCGAGAGUCUCGCCGGCCGUUAUGACCUCUUGGACGUGCCAGAUCGCGCGUGCUCUCGAAGGUGCCACGGAUGAGCGACAAGUCAGGCAUGUCUUUGGCGGCGUGCAUGCACAGAAUAUCUAUGUCAAUGACCAGUCGAACCAAUCUUGGGCAUGGUUCAAUGCGGCGUUUGAAUCAACGAGCCAGAUGAAUCGUUCUUCUCUGGUGCGGUAUGCCAUUUUCGCCAACAACAUUGCUCUUCUGAAGUUCAUCAUCAAAGUUGGCAACAAUCUCGCAGGCCAGAAAGAUGAAGACGGUCUGCAAGUGAUCGCCAUCUCCAAAGCCGAUUUCGACCUAGCAGUUCGCCUCGGUAGGGUCGAUAUGAUAGGCGAAAUGAUCAAGUCUACUGGCUUUGGAUUUCCUCUUCAGAAAGUGUUCCAGAAAUCAGGAAUUCAGCUCGAGGAGAAGCCCAAGUACUACCAGGGACUCAGUGUUUACGGCAAAAAGCGUAAAGAUUGGGCUGAAGCCGGUCGUACGGGUUAUCGCGCCAGACAGGUUGAGUCAGAUGUGGGAGUUCCUCUGCUGGCUGCCGCAGUUGAAGGCAACCUGAAAACUACUGAAUACUUCAUGUCAGAUGCGCCGUUACGCCACUACCUCGAGUUCGCCGAAACCCUCAAGGAGGACAAACGUAUCCAAGCACUAGCCCUGGCAAAAGGAGGCAUCCGAGGGACUCUGAAUGCAUGGCUGUCGACACGAAAUUACCUCGCACUACAUAUUGGGGUAUUAUCGCCUGCCAAGAAAGACGGAACUCAGCCAUGCUUUGACUUCCUGCUUGAGAAGAUGCCCCAUGCAGUCGAUGUCCGCUCUGCCGAAGGGAAAACACCGCUCCAUCUUGCUUUUGAAGUCGGAAGAUACUAUGCCGCGAAGAAAUUGAUCGCAGCAGGCGCAAGCCAAGUCACUAAGGACAGUGUAGGACAUAACAUCCUCCAUACCGUCCUCGACACCAUCCCAGCUGACAGGCCUGCCUUACUUGAUUCGGUUUUGAGAAUGCUGGACCAGGAAUUAGUCGCGCCGUUGCUCCAUGAGCGUUGUAGCAGCGUUGAGUCCACGGGUAACACACCUCUGGCAGUGUUUCUCAGUCACAUCAACGCCGCUACAGGAUGGGAAGAAAGUCUCAAGCUUAUCCUAUCUCUCUCAGGCGGUAAGGAUCUCGAAAAGCCUGAUGGGGCAGGAGACUACCCGUUGCAUGCGGUCGUGCGACGAGGCCAUCAAGAACUGGUAAAAUUCAUCGUGGAGUACAGACCAGGAUUACUGUACUGGGAGAACGCCACAGGAAUGACUGUGUGUGAUGUGGUGACCACCACGUAUCUGCAACAUCGAAUCGACCAUCCACCAGAACUGGACCAUACCAGUGAGCGAAGCAUCCAACAUGUUCCUGCGCUUGAAUUUGUGGAGGGCCGCGAGUCUGAUUCGAGCAAAGACGAAAUCGCGGACACUGCUGGACGCAGCAGCCAAUGGCGCAUGUAUCGCCUCAUUCACUCUCUUAUGGCCAAAUAUCCAGCGAAGCGUAAACUGGUGGCACUCCAUGAUGCCAACGAGGUGGCGAAGCGCCUGGCAUUACAGCAGCAGAAACAGAAUGAGGAGAACCGUCGACGUGAAAGGCUCGGAAUGAACACCAAAAAUUGGAGACAUCGCGAGUACUCUCUAGACGCCGGCGAAGCUGAUACUGGGCGAGACGAAGUGGCCCAGUAUCUCGAUCAAGCGAAGAACUUCACAAAGUGGGACGAGAUGGUUUGGAGGAAGGUGGAGGCGAAGGAGACUACCGGCUCGGACGGUCGAGACAUCGAGAUGGAGUAUCGCCGUUGUGACAGUGAUGUGAGCAUUCUUGAUGAGAUGAGAAGUGGAGGAGGGAACAGCCAGUCUUUGAGGAUGCUGCCGAGCAUGUCACAUGGACCUUAG